AUCUCAAGAAAUGUGAGAUAGUAAAUAUUUUUCUGUAAUGGCAGAUGAAGCGGCUGAUAUAGCAAACAAAGAAAAUCUUUCUGUUGUGAUUAGAUUUCUCGACUCAACCAAAAACAUCAGAGAAGAAUUUAUUGGAUUUUAUAUUUGUAAGGAGGGAACAACAGGAGAGGCCAUCAAAGACCUUAUAACUGCAGCUGUAGUAGACUUAGGAUUGAUGAUGGAAGACUGUCGUGGCCAAUGUUAUGAUGGCGCUGGCAAUAUGGCUGGACGACUUAAUGGAGCCUCCUCGUUAAUCAGAGCAGAACAUGAGAAGGCAAUUUUUGUCCAUUGCAUGAAUCACCAGCUGAAUUUGUGUAUUGCCAAUACCUGCCAAAUACCAAAUGUCAGAAACAUGAUGGAUGUUGUGCGAAAGCUUUUUUAAUUUUUUGACAACUCUCCCAAGCGACAAGAACAUUUAGAAUUCAAGAUCAUAGAACUUUUGCAAAAAAAAAAAAAAACAAAAAAAAAACCCACACUGCUUUAAUUAAUGUAUGCCGCACCCGAUGGAUUGAAAGGAUAGAUGCUAUGGACUGAAUAGUUGAGCUUCUCAUCCAGUCACAGCUACACUAGAAGAUAUCUCAAUGAACAGACACAAGCAUGAAAAUACCAACUGGAAUCCUACCAGCAGACAAGAUGCCCAAUCAUUACUUAAUGCUAUCAACUUUUCCUUUAUUGUUGCUAUUGUUAUUGUCAGACAUAUUUUGGCACUAACUAAACCACUUACAGUGAAGCUGCAAAGUAAAGCUAUGGAUAUCCUGAAAGCUAAAGAAGAACUUGCUCUUCUGAUAUCAGUUCUCACAGAAAUGAGCAAUGACAUUGAUGCCACACACCAUGAACUGUACCAGGAUGCAGUGACUAUCGCAAGACAAGUAGAUGUACAACCAGAUAAGCCAAGGGUAGCUCAGAGACAGACACAUAGACCCAAUGCUCCUGCUUCAAAUCCUGAAGACUAUUACAAGAUAAAUCUGACCAGAGUUUUCCUAGACCAUGUACUCGAGCAGCUCGAUUCUAGAUUCAAGGAUGAUGUAUUUAUCUGCUACAAAGAGCUCCAGUGGCUGCAGUUCCCAAGGAUGAAAAAGGGGAGUUUUUUUCAAAUUAUAUUCUUUUUAUAAUCAUUCAGUACUUUUCUCUUUUAAACUAUGAUAACAAUGUUGGAUUUUUCUCCAGAGCUCCAGUUACUGCAGUUCCCAAGGAUGAAAAAGGGGAGUUUUUAUUGAAAUUAUAUUGUCUAUAAUUUUUACAUAUCUUUUGUAUAUGACAUAUGAUAUUAAUAUUGGAUUUUUUUUUCUUAUUAUCUUGAAAACUCCUGGACCAAGGACCAACCACAGGCUUGCCAUCU